UAAAAUUCUCUAACAAAAUAAAUAAAAGAAUUGUGUAAUGUAGAUGGCGUCAAUAAAAGCAGAAAAAAUAAAGCCAUGGACAUUUUUAAGGCAAUUGAAAAUAGAGAUAUUAAAAGAAUAAAUAAACUAAUUCGCAGAAAAAAACAAUGUGUUAACGAGAGAAGGAACAACGAAACUCCACUUCAUUUAGCAUCAGAAAGAGGCUAUAACGAAAUCAUUCUUUUAUUGUUAGAAAAUGGAGCCCAAGUAAACACAAAUAACGGUUCACCUUUAAAUUCUGCAUGCCAAUAUGGCCAUCUUGAUGUUGUCGAACUACUGCUAGAAUAUGGAGCAGAUGCAAACACUGGUUGUAACAUAGGCAAUACACCACUCCACACCGCAAGUGGAUGUGGAAAUAUUGGCAUAAUCUGUGCUUUGUUGAAACACAAUGUCGAUGUGAAUGCAAAAAACGUGGAUGGUUGGACUCCACUACACAGAGCAAGUUACCACGGAAAGUCUGAUGUAGUCAACUUGCUUUUAAAAGAGGGGGCAGACCCAAGCAUAAAGACGAACACUGGUAAAACACCUUAUGAUUUAGCUUGUAAAAUGCAAAAUUAUGAAGUCGCAGAACAAAUAUACAAAUACAAACGCGAAACUAAAUUAAAAUCAAGUGAGCAUGUUAAGUGUCAAGAAAAUGAUCAAAAUUUAAACAUAAAAUCUUUUUUUCAAUCAAAAAAAGAUCAGCUUACAGCUUUUAUUUCCAGGAAGCGCGAAACAAACUUUAGUAACAACCAAAAAUCAGAUGAAGGCACGCAAGAGCAUCUUCCACAAGGGCGUAAUUCUCCGCCACCUCCACAAGGUUUUCGAAUAGAAGAAGUUCCAAUAGAAAAAGAUAAAGACAAAUGGAGAGAGUUAAAGGCGAACAUGUUGAAUUUUGAAAAACAAUUUAAAAGCAAUACAUCUAACACCGUAAAAAAAAUCGCAGAAUUAAAAGUAUUUGGAAAUCAAAAUAUGCAAAAAGAACCAGAGAAUGAUAACAACGAUGAUAAAAACGAUGAAAACGAACACGAAUGUCCUAUCUGCUUCGAGCUCCCUCUUCCUCCAGUACAUAUAUACCAGUGCAAAAACGGUCAUUUAUUUUGCGGAAACUGCAAAGACAAGCCAAAUAUGGAAAAAUGCCCUCAAUGUGCAGUAGAUAUCUGUGGAGUCGCAUUUCGAAAUCGUUAUGCAGAAGAAAAUAUAAAAAAAAUUUAUAAAGAUAAAAUAAAGUAAACAACAACGAAUCGAAAACAAAAAUUACC